GCGCGCCCGUGAAGUAAUUCAUUGUAUCAGCUCGAGACGGGAGGUAACAGCGAGCGAGUCGACUGGUCGGCAGAAGCAACUCCACUCCGGGAAACACUGAAAAAUCCGACUCCUACGGCAUAAACUACAGUGAUGGCAGCCCUCCGCAAGAAGCUGGUCAUAGUGGGGGAUGGAGCUUGUGGGAAGACCUGUCUUCUGAUAGUCUUCAGCAAGGACCAGUUCCCAGAGGUAUACGUUCCCACUGUGUUCGAAAACUACGUCGCUGACAUAGAGGUGGAUUCCAAACAGGUGGAGUUGGCUCUGUGGGAUACUGCGGGUCAGGAAGACUAUGACAGGCUGAGGCCUCUCUCUUAUCCAGACACUGAUGUCAUCCUCAUGUGCUUCUCCAUAGACAGUCCUGACAGCUUGGAAAACAUUCCAGAGAAGUGGACCCCUGAGGUUAAACACUUCUGUCCCAACAUUCCUAUCAUCCUGGUAGGAAACAAGAAAGACCUGCGAAACGAUGAGCACACACGCAGAGAGCUAGCCAAGAUGAAGCAGGAGCCAGUUAAGUCAGAAGAGGGCCGGGACAUGGCUGGCCGCAUUCAAGCAUACGGCUACAUGGAAUGCUCUGCAAAGACCAAGGACGGUGUGCGGGAGGUGUUCGAGAUGGCCACCAGGGCAGCACUGCAGGCCCGUCGUGGCAAGAAGAGCAGUAAAUGUGUAGUCCUGUAAAAUGGGCAACACAUUUGGACUGUUUUCCCUCUGGACUGCUGUACCCAGGGGGCUAGGGCUUGGGAGGGACAGAGGGUAAACUAGACAAGAGAGAUGGAGGGGAAGAAAAAAAGUGCAGUAUGUGACUACCGCUAUAAAAUGGCUGUUGGACUGAAUUUACCCUGGGACUUUGAUUUGGGGAGCUAUGACGGAGAUGGAUAUGUGGGUGGAGGGAAGGAAGGAGCACAGUAGAUGACUACCCCUGUUAAACAUUGGACUAUUAACCCAUGGGCCUACCAUCAAAGUGGGGGAAUUGCACCAGCCACCAGCCUAACGCUGGUUCAUUUUGUCUCUUCAACAAGCCACUUACACUUACGAAGAUCUUUGGGAGGUCCUGGUCUUGUCUAAAAAUCUAGCUGACAUAUUAAAGUGAUUGUUGGUGAAUUGUGGGAUUUUUCAGUGACUGAGUGUCAGUGUGAACAACAAAAAGGUUUACUUACUUGGAUAAUUUGAUACGUGGAGGAGUUGCAAUCAGACAGCACAGUUAUGAGUACCACUGAUGAGAGCCACCAGUGUGUUAUUUAUUCCUAGGUGUGCUCACCUGGACUUAGGGCUACAUGAUGUGGAGGUGGACUGUUGAAGGGAUCAGAGGGAUGAUGUGAAGUGGUGUGUGUGUGUGUGUGUGUGAUCAUAUUGAGAUUGUACUCAUCACAUGAGGGCAGGUGACAGUUUUGCACAUCCAGCUUUCUUUUUUAUGCUGUAGUUACCUAAAGAGGUUAUUUAAAGAGCCCCAAAGUGGACAAACCCUCAAUGAACUCUUAUAAAGCAAGUUCUUCUUAAAAUGGUGCUUAGAGCAGGUGAUGCUAUUCAUCAAAAAUGUAUUUCUGUUGUCAGAGGAGGCAUUUGGAAGUGUUCAUUCUGAGAUGGUUGUUUCAUCCGCUGCGUCAAAUUAAUGGUCACAUGUGGUCACAUGCUCUGGCCGUUUGCCUUGUAUUAUCAGAGAAGAGUGAAGCUACAUGCUCACGUGUCCAGCUCAGUCUGUCACUGUUGCUAAUCCCAUCCCAUGAUUACAGACUCUAAGUGAUGAACAGAGUCACAGCUACCUGGUUGUGGGAAACAUUAAGAUUAGCUCACAGUCAGUACAUUGACAUGCAGUUAGUGAAAGGUGAAUUUUUGAGCUAGAAUGACUGAAAGUGUACUUAAAAAUGCAUGCAAACGUGUUGGAACAACUGAAAUAGAACUAAACCCAUUCCGUGAGAUGUACCAACACACCUAGACAACGCUGUUGGAGAUGGAUUUACUCAUGCGUGUAUACGCCUUACUUGGACCAAACUGCUCAACAGUUUCCAUGCUGGACUUUGACUCUAAAGUCUGUGAGCAUAAAUGCUAAGUAUAGCAGAAGUCAUUUUGUCAUCUACCCUUGGAUAUCACCGUAAGCUAGAGGGAUAGGAGGAAUUACAUUUGUGCCAAAAGUAAAGCAGAAAGUAUGUAUGAUAAAAUGGAGUUGUAAAGUUUCAUUAUACAACAACCUUGCUAACUAGUUGGCAAGGUCAGCAAGGAGUUUCAUAAUAACCCACUGAAAGGGGGCAUAUCACCAUCUACCGUAACUGAGACAGACAUGUGCCCAUCAAUAAAUCAAGUCUCCCACUGUGCAUGCUAGUUCAAGGACAGCAGUCCAGUUGAGUUGCCUGAUGGAGUUAUAACUGUAACUCAGCUAUGCAUGUGAAAGUACUGAUUGCAAGUUAACCAACUUCCUGAGCUUUGAAUAUUCCUCAGCAACUCUAAAGGCACAAAGGAGUAUACUACUCCCCUGGAGAGCAUCAUUGUUGGUUUGUCUACUUUUUAAAGAUUCCUUGAAUUGUAUCAGUGGAAGUAGCAGGUAAUUUGUGCACCCUCCGAAUGACAACGGUAGCUUCCUGCCCUGCAGAGUACAACCAGAGCAAACUCUGCCCUGGCUCAUCCCUUCCAGUUUCCACAUAGCUGACUGCUGGUGCUCAUCUUACCCUGGCUUUAGAUCAGGUUGAAGAACAAGGAGAGGAGUGAAGUGUGUUUACAUGCACACCUACCAUAGAUCUCUAGACCAACACCCAUUUCUUGUACAAGGGUUAAAUGUAAAAUAAUCAGUACUAGUUAACCUUUGAGAGGAAAGAUGUGCCUAAAAUGACUUGCUGUCCACCAAAUAUGUCAGCCUUUACUGGUUAAUUGUUAGUAUCUUCCAUGUCAUUAAACAUUUUAUUUUAAAAAAGACAAAGAUGGCACGUGAUUGGACCUUUUUACAAAAUAAUGAGCACGGAAAUACCAGUAUUUUAAGGUUGGGCAGCCAGAUAAACUUUGGGUUAAAACAUGUUUAAGAGAGAGAGUUAACUACCUGCUGUAUGCUGGAAAAUUUUCUCUUUAAGGUCCUUCUGUUCUAAAAUUGGUGCAAGUGAGCAGCUAUAUUUGGGAUAAUUGAGCCCUCCCUGACCCUUCAGAGCUUCACUGCCAGGUUCAGGGAGUCUUUGACAAUGUACCCUCUUGUUCUUCUUCCUGGCCUACCGGGAGGAGCCUGUUCCAGAAACCCAGUCUUGUGAUUUUUUUAAAACUUUAUUUCCUGAUUUUUAAAAGAGAAAAGUCAUAAAUAUGUUGUCUAUCAGUAUUUAAAAUAGGAGGUGGACGAUAGGGGACUGCUUAUGUGUUGUUGCUUUAGUUUAUUCUCAUGUGCUUUAACUGAAAAUUCCUGAUGAUUACACUUGGGUGUAACUACCCGUCAAUCAUCACUGCCAAAUGCUGUUGUUAGGCAGUCAGGAGAAAGGCUGGCCUCUCGGCUGCCUGUCUAGAGCAUCGCAAGGACCACGUGCUGGCUCUUUUUCUGUUUGUUUGUUUUAUGAACACAAACUCAACUGAAGAGACAAAAAAGGAAGAAAAAACAAUGCAAGUCUCCUUAUUAUGUACAAAUCAUUUUUAUUUUGACUUUUUAUUGUAUUUUUAAAUCCUGAUUUGUGGAUGCUGAAGCAGUGAUGUAAACAAAGGAACAGGAAAACCAAGCUGUAUGCAAAGUCUGUAAAUAUGAAAUGUCAGUUUGUUCAUACUAGACUAUACACACGCACAGGACUGGAAACUGUAUUUGUAAACUAGCUUUGGUUUGUGUAAUAAAUUACUUUCUAUAACA